AUGGAGAGCGAGCAUCGGAGCGUGAUUUGUCCGCUUGGGGAAGCUGGCAAAGUGCUAGAUGCGGUCUGCGUGGUUCUGCUCCUCUUGAUUCUGGGCCUUCUCUGCUCCUGCCUCUGGCGGCAAACUUCCCAGACUUGUCAAAAGGCCCAGGCCCGGGCCGGCGCUGCAAGCGCUGCGCCUCCGCCGCGGGCGCGGGCGGAGAGCCGCUUGGGCGGCGGGAGCACCGCUUCUGAGCCGCUUGAGUUCGAUGCGGUGCCUUCCGGGCUCUCCGGCAAGUCCGAGGCGUCGAUGGCGGGACCGGAGGGAGAGGCUGCACCGGCCUCCGCGUCCGAGCUGCCGAAAAUGGCGAGCCGCUACUCCAUCAAAUCUGCGUUCUCCCGCUGGACGCGGGCAAAGGCCAAGGUGCGCGUGGUCUGGAAGCUGAACCUGCAGCAAGUUCAGAAUUGGCUCAACGGCAGAGGUGAAGCUCCGCAACCUGACCAAAAGCUCCAAGUCCUCCCAGCUGACUUAGAAGCCGGAGAUGACGGAGAGCAGGACAUGGAAGGCGGAGACAAUGGAGCACAGGUUCCGCAAGAGCGAGGGUCGCCGCUGGAGGAUCCCAUGCCACCCAGAGCCUCCGCAGCUGUCGGCUUCCUGGGUUUUCAAGGGACGGACGCUCUGCCUCCUCGGGCCCUGCCGGCCUACGCCGACGGAGACCGCGUGGAAUACUUCUCCCCGACCUGCGGCCUCUGGCUCCUUGGCGAGGUGACGGUCACGUCAGAUGCGAAGAGGUCCGCGUCCGAGUGGAAGUCCACCAGUUCUCAAGUCCGUGACACGAGCAGCACGAGCAUUGCUUGUCUGGUUCUCAGCCUCCAGAGCUUUUCUCCACGGAAGGCCGAGCAGUCAGCGCCGCCCCUCCGGGAUGUCUUGGAUCAGGUUCGCGCCGAGGCCUUGGAGGGGGGCUUGCAGCUGCCGCCCCGCGUGGAAGACGGCGAGGAGGAUGCGGCCGCCAGGUGCCGUGAGGCUUUGCUCCUGCUCUCGAACUUGUGCGAACAGAGCGUGGAAGAGCCCAACCAGGUGGAGAAGCAGCGGCACUUAGCUCUGCUCCUGACGGCCAAACUCCUGGAGUCCUGCGAGUCAACGGAGUUGUCGAGCAAGCCCUUCAUCGCGGCCGUUCGCAGAUUCUUCUCCGUCUCUUUGACUCGAAACAGCCUGUCUUCGGGACUGAAGAUGACGAAGUUGGCACUGAGACUGGUCGUCCUGGUUUCCAAGCUCUUCGGGGAGUCUCUAAGCUACGAGCUUGGCGUCUUCCUGGAUCAAAUCGUCCUGCCAGUCCUUGUGAGUGGAAACUCCAGCUACGCACAGAAGCACUGGAUGCUGCAGGUCUCGCAGACCCUGUUUGGGGAAGCCGCUUCGGCGGUCCUCGCGGUGUUCCUCAUUUUCGAUUGCGACUUGCAGAAGCGCAACGUUUUGGAGCGCAUGAUCGAGUCCUUGUCCAGGAUAGCCACGGGGAAGUACACCUCCAGCGAGCAUGCCAGUGUCAUCCAACCAGAGCAGGAACAUCGCUUGAGGAUCUUGGCCCUUGGCGCACUCUUGACUCUGGUGAAGUCGCUGGAAGUCAAAGCGCAAGGACACAUGACUCCGCCGCGAGGCAGCUCCGGAACUGCUUUGGGAGCUUCGUGGCAGGAGCCCGCCUUGGAGGAGGAUGAGGAGCCGGAGAACGAGGAACUCCCCGGCACGAGCAGAAGUGCCACCGCGGCCCUGGAUCAGAAGCGGCUGAAACGGGAGCUGCAGGAAGGCGUGAGCAAGUUCAACUUGAAGCCAAAGCGCGGCCUGGAGCACCUGAAGAGAGCCGGGCUCGUCGAGAACGAAGACCCAGGCUCGCUGGCCAAGCUGUUCCGGAACACGGAGAUCGGCCUGGACAAGACGACAAUAGGUGAUUACCUUGGCGAGGACAAGGCCUUCAACAAGAGGGUCCUGGAUGCGCUGCUCGAGAGCUUUGACUUCGCGAAGCAAGAGUUCGACGAGGCCCUCCGUGCCUUCCUGGCUGUCUUCAGGCUGCCUGGGGAGGGUCAGAAGAUCGACCGGCUGAUGCAGCACUUCGCCGCGAAGUACUGCAAAGACAAUCCCGGGAGGUUCUCCGAUGAGGAUUGCGUCUACGUACUAGCCUAUUCAGUCAUGAUGUUGCAGACGUCUCUUCAUAAGCCAUCCAUCAAGGAGAAGGACCGGAUGACAAAGGCUCAGUUCAUCAGCAACAAUCGCGGCAUUGACGGCGGCAAAGACCUGCCACAGGAAUACCUGGAAGCCUUAUACGACAUCGUCUUGAAAAGCCCUUUUUCCCUUCAAGAAGACGAGGACGCGAGGGUGCGUGCCGAGUCUCAAGCCGCGCGGAGUGCGGCACAGAAGGGGGAGCUCUUCUUGCGAGAGGCCUGGAAGCUGGUGGCCAAGGCCGAGGAGACGAUGGCAUCGGAAGGUGAGGUGCGGUCAUUGAGCCUGCGGGGCGCCGAUGUCCGGUCGCUGGCGCGGACUUUGUUCGAGGCCGCUUGCUGGCCGAUGCUCGCCUCGCUUUCCGUCGUCCUGGAAACGCAAGAAGAACCCGAGUGUAUUGAGCUUUGUAUUACCGGCUUCCAACAGUGCAUCCGGGCAGCAGCACGCAUGCAGAUGGAUGUGGAGCGAGACGCCAUCGUGUCCUCGCUGGCCAAGUUCACUUACCUGACCACUCUUAAAGAGAUGAGGCAGAAGAACAUUGAGUGCAUCCGCGUGCUCAUGGCCAUUGGUAUUUCGGAGGGCAACAACUUGGGCUCCUCCUGGCAGUACGUGCUCCACUGCAUCUCCCAGCUCGAGCGCCUGCAGCUGCUGAGGACGCGCGCCCUGCAGGACUUCCAGUUCUUUGCCAAAGAGGCGAAGAACGGCUCCACCAACGGCAGCUUCGGCGGCAGCGCUGGCACACCCCAUCAGGCAAGCCUCCGGCACCGCUCCUACGGCACAGGUUUUUCGGCCGUGAUGACGGUGAGCCCGGAAGAGUCGCGCCUGGAUUUGCUGAAUGCCGAGUCCGUCAUGGCACAGAUCGAUGCGGCGCAGAUCGACCUGCUCUUUGACAGGUCCGCAGGCUUGGAGCUGAAGGCGGUGCUGCACUUCCUCAGCCAGCUCAUCCAGGUCUCCAAGGAGGAGCUGGCCUGUGAAGAGAUGCCUCGCAUUUUUUCGUUGCAGAAGUUGGUCGAGGUUUCCAUCGGUAACUUGAUGCGCCCGCCGGAGGUUUGGUCGGAAAUUUGGCGAACUGUCAGCCGGCAUCUAGCCGACGUGGCAAGCCAUCAUAAUGUCAGUAUAGGUCUCUAUGCCAUCAACUGCUUAAAGCAGCUAGCGAUGAAAUUUUUGGAACGUGAGGAAGUGCAUCAGCAGGAAGCCUUUGGGCAAGUCUUGCUGGAGCCUUUCGAGAAGUUAAUGAAAUCCAAGAGUGCCAGCCCUGACGUGAAGGGGCUCGUCGUGUCGAGUGUCGACUUCAUGGUGGAGCACCGGAGCAGCUCCAUCAAAGCGGGCUGGGCGCAGGUCUUCCAGAUCCUGCAGCUGGCGGCCUCGGAGCCCAAGUCCAACAAGGAAGUCUUGGAUGCGGCCUUUGCGAUCAUGAAGAUCGCCGUGGCUUCGAGGUGCCACCUGGACAAGAGGAACUUUGCGAAGAGCGUGCAUGCUCUGCUGGCUUUCGGCCACUGUCGCUUCGCUGCCAUCAGCUUCCAAGCCCUGGGGAUGUUGAGGCAGAUGGCCGAUGACCUUCAGUCGGGAAGCGGGACGCAGACCGCCGAGGCCGAGGACUGGCUGUUGUUGCUGAACGGAAUGACAUCUAUGAUCGGCGACCUGCGGCAAGAAGUUUCAGUUCGAGCCACGGUCACCGCUUUCCAAUGCCUGCGUGACGUGGGUGCCAAGAGCUUCGACGCUGCGACCUGGUCCAAGGUCAUCGAGAGCGUGGUAGAGCCUGUGUGCGAGAAGGUGACUGGCCAGCUCCAGCAAGGUGACUCGAAAAUGGCGACGGCGGUGGCAGAGUUCAUUCUGCCAGACCUCGAAGAGCUGCCCACGAAGACGCUGCUGAGGUACUUGCCGCAGAUUUUCCCGGUGCUGGCCCGCCUGGUGACGGUGCCGUCGCCGGAGGUUCGGCACCACGUGCAGACACUGUUGCUGAGACUGUGUCCGUUGGUGGCCCCCCGUGGCCCAGAAGGGCCGGCGGGAGCGACACCCGUGGAUGGGCGCAGAUGA